AUGGGUGAAUCUCAAUCGGCGAGUGAGGAAUUUGAACAACAUAAUAGUGCAUUGAAUGAUGACAAUGACCAAGGUGAUCAGAUUGUCUUGCCAAAACUUGGCAUGAAAUUUAACAAUGCUGAUGACUUAUUUGAGUUCUACAUUAGUUAUUCAUUCAAGACAGGAUUUUCUUGUAAGAAACGAACAUGCAAGAGGGAUCAUCAUGGAGCAUUAAACUUUGUAACUUAUUCUUGUACGAAAGAAGGGAAGAAUCAUUCAGUGUCGGACUCUCCGGUAAAUCUUCCUCCAACACAAAGAACUAACUGCAAAGCAAAAAUUUCAGCGAGAUUAUGUGAAGGUGAAAAAUGGAUGAUAAGCGUUUUUACUCUUGAACAUAACCAUUUAAAUAGUCCAUCGAAAUCUCGAUAUUUAAGAGGCCACAAAAGGAUCAACACAGCUACAAAGAAGAAAGUUUUGGUGAACGACAAAGCAGGAAUCAGGAUGAAUAAGAUCUAUGGUGCAUUAGCGGUUGAAGGUGGUGGAUACGAAAGCCUCCCUUAUAAUGAAAAAACACUGAGGAAUAUGGUUGCUAGAGAAAAAAAAUUAGAACUUGGCGAAGGAGAUGCUACAGCACUUCUGAAUCACUUUACAAACAUGCAAAAUAGGGAUCCAAAUUUCUUUUACAGAAUGGACAUUGACGAAACAGGUUGUUUGAAGAAUGUGUUUUGGGCUGAUAAUAGAUGUAGAGAAUCCUACAAAGAAUUUGGUGAAAUUUUCACGUUUGACACAACAUACUUGACAAACAAGUAUGAAAUGCCUUUUGCUCCAUUUUUCGGGGUUAAUCAUCAUGGGCAGUCAAUUUUAUUUGGUUGUGGAUUGCUUUCUAAUGAGGAAAAGGAAACUUUUGCUUGGUUAUUCAGAUCAUGGCUCGAUUGUAUGAAUAAAAUCGCUCCACAAGGUAUAAUUACAGACCAAUAUAGCUCGAUGAAAUGGGUAGUUGAGAGAGUUUUCAAGGAUACCAAACAUCGUUGGUGUUUAUGGCACAUCAUGAAAAAAAUACCUGAAAAGUUAAGGAGGUAUGAAAAUUACUUAAAGAUUAAAUGUAGGAUGAAAAAAGUUGUUUAUGAUACACAAUGUCCAGCUGAAUUUGAACAACAUUUGAGUGACAUGUUGCAAAAGUAUGAGAGCUUGAAACAAAAUAAAUGGUUUAAUAAAUUAUAUAAGGAGAAACACCGAUGGGUGCCUUGUUUUGUCAAGACCACUUUUUGGGCUGGGAUGUCGACUACACAGCGAUCUGAAAGUAUGAAUGCAUUUUUUGACGGGUAUGUUCAUUCAAGAACGUCUUUGAAGCAAUUUGUUGAAAAAUUUGAUAAUGCACUGAGAUACAAAAUGUAA